AUGUCACCACGCCCUGCAGUCACCCGCAGCCAGACAAAAGAAAGCCCUGUGGGAGCGGGACGCGUCAGCAAGACAAAGAAAGCACAAUCAACCCUCAAAGUGUCGGCUGGUAAGCUGCAACUGGUGCCCUUCAGUGGGCCGGUGGAGGUUUAUGACAACCCCCCAGCCUGGGCAGAGGGUCGGCAACAACUUUGUGAUGCAAUUCCCUGGUUCCACUGCACUCAAGGUGCAAUGUACCACAACGAAGGCUUUUGCUAUGGGUUUCUUAUCGAUGCUGAUGGUGGGGAGCGUUCUUAUCUGGAUGAAGAGGUACUCAUUACUCGGAUUGGUGGAUGCUGCACCAAGGACUCUGAGGGCAAUCUGAUCCUUAAGAAGGAUCAAGAUGCUGGAAAUACCCUGGUGAAGAGUGUCCUCGGUAGCCAAAAUUCGAAACUGGCUGUUGGUCUCGUCCUUGGUAAGCAACUGCGAAACACGGCUUGGUGCGGAGGACUGACAAUAACAAUAGGACAAAACAACAAGCUUCUUAACCGAGACGUUCCACAUCGGUACAAUGUUAUGGACUGGUUCCGAGUGACCAAUGUGUGGUUCGAAAAGGUCGGAGAGAAGUAUAGCGCCAAAGUCCGCUUCGAGAAGUUGAACCUCGCAAACAAGAGUUGGUGGGGUGCAAAGGAUUCCCCUCUUCCUUUACCCAUUGAAGAGCGGGACUUCGAAGCCAAGCCGGAAUGCAUCAAAUGCGAGAGCUGCUCCAGCGAAAGCCUACGCAUCUUCGAGGAAGGAUGGAUGUGCCUUGAUCCGGACUGCCCUGGUUUCUGGAAAAUGGAAAAUGCUUCACCUCCAGCUGAACUCACCUAUCAUCCUGACUUUUUGAACUGCCGCAGUCCUCCGGACCCAACAGUUCAGCCGUCUUACAGCCUCGUUCCCGAUCUUUUGUCUACUCUGAACGAAAGCGCACCAGUUAGCACAUCGCGUAUUGCCUGGAAAGGCAUAGUAUGUCCCAAGUGUAAGAAAUGCAUCCGACGGACAUUCUGGCACGGUUGGAAAUGCGAUGAUGACUCGGUUCUCGACGGAGAGCACUGUCCGUUCGAACAUUUCAUGAAGAUGACACCCCUUUCACUGUGUGACGUUCUUGGAGAUUUCAAGGUGAAUCAGAUCAAGCGUGCAAUCCCGUCUGAUCCGAAGUUCAUUAUCCCGGAAAUCGAUGACGUCUCUUUCUUCCCAUACAAGAAGUUGACCUACCAGCUCGAGGGUGUUGGCUCAAUCACUCACUUUGUAUCCAACCAAGAAGUGAACAGCCGCAAGAACGGACCUGAUGAUCUCUUCGUCAGACUUCAAAGUGAGGAUCUGGGGCUCAAACGAUUCCGACUUAAAUCCAGUCUCGUUGCUGGUACACUGACUUCUCACUUCGCGGUCAACUUUGGAAUGCCAUAUAAGUACGUGGUAUCCGUUGAUUCGAAAGGCUUUGACGAAGCCCCCGAGACCAUUCUCCAGGUAUUGGGUCGCUUGUCCUGGGCGACUGAAAAGGCGGUAAUGUCAUCUGGUGGUUCCUACCUACCUCCAAACGAACUGCUCACUCUCGGAUAUUUCGAGAAAAUGAAGAUCGGCUUCCACGAUGAUGGGGAGUCCUCACUAGGCCCCACAAUUGCCACUUUCUCUCUCGGAGCGAAAGCCACCAUGUCCAUUCGCAUGAAGUACAAGUAUUUCAACGGGAAUACCCGAAGGGUCGGCGGCGCUACCGGAACCCUUCUGCAGGAUGACCCCGUUUUGAAAGACUGCAGCUCCGAAGGUGAGCGGCGCAAGCUCAAACACGAUCUCGAGGCCGGUGUGAUUAAGCGCGAAAGCUACGACCUUUCUCGGCGGGCUCUUCUCAAAGAUCACAAGGGUAGGGAGGCUACCACCGCAAUUAAGAUGGAGCUUAACCACGGCGAUCUGGUUGUCAUGCACGGCGAGAACUUGCAGAAGUACUACGAGCACUCUGUGACCCCCGAGAACAAAUUACGCUUCGCUUUGACUGCCAGAUUUGUGAAGCCCGAUCACGUCAAUGCGAAAGAGAUCCAAAAGGGAGAAUUCUCGCUCACGCCUGACCAAAUCUAUGAUGGAAAAUGA